AUGAACAAUAACUUCUGCCGGGCCCUGGUGGACCGGCGGUCCCUGGCGCCCCCCAGCUGCAUGCAGUUGGGCGUCGUGCCCCCUCCGCGCCGGGCGCCCCUGCCCCCCGCAGAGCCCCUGGGCAAUGUGCCCUUGCUGCUGUACCCGGGCCCGGCCGAGCCGCAGUAUUACGACGCCUACGCGGGCGUGUUCCCCUACGUGCCCUUCCCCGGUGCCUUCGGCGUGUACGACUACCCCUUCGAGCCCGCCUUCAUCCAGAAACGCAACGAGCGCGAGCGGCAGCGGGUCAAGUGCGUCAACGAGGGCUACGCGCGCCUCCGCGGCCACCUCCCCGGCGCCCUGGCGGAGAAGCGGCUCAGCAAGGUGGAGACCCUGCGGGCUGCCAUCCGCUACAUCAAGUACCUGCAGGAGCUGCUGAGCGCGGCCCCCGACGGCGCGCAGCCCGCGGGCUCCCCGCCCGACUGCCCGGGCGACAGCGAGGCCCGGGGGCCCGCCUCCCUGGUGCCCGAGCCUUCCGAGUCUUCCUGCUUCUCCUCCUCGCCUUUCUUUGAGUCGGAGGAGUCCAGCCACUGAUCGGGGAUAGAGGGGGCGCCGCAGAGACCGGAGGGGCCCGGUCGGAGCAGUGAGGGCGCCGGGCCCGGGGAAGUUGCGGGUGCGCACCACGCCCGCUCCAUCCGCAGGCAGGCCACCCAGGACGGCCAUCCCUGGAUCCCUCUCCCGCACUGCUUCAGCCCGCGGUGGUGGCCCUGCCCAGUCCUCUGUCCCACAGGCGCAGCCCUGUGUCUGCGACUCCCUAGGAGGCCGGCCCGUCUAUGAUUUGGAAGAGCCAUGCCCUUGCUGUCCACGAGAUGGCCUCACAUACCAGUGUCCACUUUGGGAGCUUGCCUGCCAGCCCCGGCCCCCACCCCACCCCGAGAGGAACCCAGAGGCGGAGGCGGAGGCGGAGGCCAGACUGCUGCUUGCACUGGGCCUAGACAGGACUUGGGAAGAAGCCAUGGGUAUGCCUUGGUGGCGCCCUCUGGCUUCCUUGAUGGUGAGCGAUUAUCCACCUGCACCCCUAAUCCCCUGGUGCAGCCUUUACAUACUAUUUCCCCCCUAGGUGUGUGAGGACUGCGUUUUUCCCCUUCAGCCUGUAUCCCUCUGUGGGCAGUGGGACCAUCCGGCCCUGUGUUUGUACCAAGAGGCUAAAUAAACGAUUUGUUGAGUUUUGUGAUUCCA